ACCUACCUUGGCUGACACAUUUUCCAAAUGCGAAAGGGGAUUCCACUUAGAGUAAUAAGUACACAUCGAUGCAUAAUUAGUGACGAAGUUUAGUUUGAACAUUUUAAUAUUUCACGAAAUAUAAUUUGCAUAAUAAUAUAUAAAAGUUUAAAGAAUACGAGAAUUUAAACAAUAUUGUUAUUUUCAUUCGGAAGAUUUGUAUAAAUAUAUAUAUGCGUGUAAUUCGUAUGCAAACUUUAGUGAUUUUCAACAUUAAUAAAACAAUAAUUAUUUCAUAAGUUUGUUAAAAGGAAUAAUUGAAAGUGUAAACAUCGGAGUAACAAUAUGAAUGAUAAUUGGUUUUAAGUUUGUUUUUGUUUUAAAUAGUAUUAAAGGUUCUCCAUUUAUAAGAAACAUUGAGAAUAAUAAUUAAGUUUAAGAUUUGCACAAUGUCUGCAUUUACAUUGUCAAAAGUAGAGUUACAGACUGACGUAUACAUGGUGUGCUUACAACAUGCCCUAUCGACAGAAAGCUUUGAAGUAAUGGGUCUACUAAUGGGGGAUACAGUACGUGAUGUUGCAAAAAUCAUAGCUGUCAUUAUUUUACGACGUCUGGACAAAAAGAAAGACAGAGUAGAAAUUUCAGCUGAACAAUUGUUGAAAGCUGUUACUGAAGCAGAACGCUUAAGUGAAGAAUUGAAACGUCCUGUGCGUGUUCUUGGAUGGUAUCAUUCUCAUCCUCAUAUCACAGUUUAUCCAUCGCAUCUUGAUAUUAGAACUCAAACAAAUUACCAAACAAUGGAUCAUGGUUUUGUGGGUUUAAUAUUUUCAGUAUUUUCAGAGAGUAAAGAAACUAAGGAACAAGAGAUUUCUUUAAUUUGUUUCCAAUCUCACAAUGAGAAAGUAAUAGAGAUUCCAUUAGAAAUUGUUCAUACACCAAUAUCAAAUACAUGUUUAAAAACAAUGACAGAUUUGCUAAAACUUUUGGUACAAGAAGAAGAUGAGAUGGCAGAAACAUUUAAAGAUCAUCAGGAUAUUCUUGCCAACAUAUACAAUAAUGCUGUGAGAACUCGAACAUUGGUUCACAUAACAGAUAUAAUUACUAAGCCUUUGGUGUUAAUGUUUAAGAAAAGGAUAGCUUUAAAUAAAUUACGCGCUGCGUAUCUUCGAAGGCAACUACAAGAACUACAAAAAAUGUGUAACUGAUGAAAGUCUUUGUUGUGGUUAAAAACAAUGUUUCUCAAUCUUUUUGUGUGUUAUAAUAUAUCAUAUAAGUACAUUAAAUUCAGUAUUUUUUUUAUUCCCGCUUAAUUUUCGUAAUAUUUAUUGUUAUGAAAGAUGAAACGAUGUUUUGUAUACAAACUGUGAUGUUACUUAAGAAAUAAAAUAUCAUUAAUUUUUU